AUGGACCUCCCUGAACCAUACAAGGGAGACACUAGGGGCCGCAAAGCCACUCAAUGGCUGGACAGGAUGAUGCUCUGGGUAGCCCUCCACCGAGACCAAUUUGACGAGGAGGAGCAGAUGGUCGUAUGGAUCCUUUACCACAUGACCGAUAAGGCCGCAGACUGGGCGCUCCCCAUUAUUGGGGCUAUCAUCAAGGGCGAGGGAAACCCCCCCACCACCAUCCAGGCCCUAACGGGCAAAUUUAAGGAGGCGUUUGCUGACCCAGAUGCAAAACGGGCUGCCGCCAGGAAAAUCGCGGCACUCUCCCAAACCACUACAACCUCCGAGUACGUCACGGAGUUCCGCAACCUCAUGGCGGAAUUAGACUGGAACGAGGAGGCCUAUAUUGCGCAGUUCACGCAAGGCCUCCACUGGAAAGUCAAGGAACUACUAUCAACCAAGGAUAGUAUUCCCGACGAACUCGAAGCAAUUUUCGCGGCUUCCAUCAAAAUUGACAAUAUUCGCCGCGAAAAUGAGGAGAAUCGCCCUAAAAAGGCACCAGCCAAGUCCCCGGCCACCGUGGCCACCUCCACUACCACCACUAGGGUCCGCCUAUCCGAGGACCCCAAUUAUGUCACCCCGGAGGAACGAGACCGCCGCCGCGCAUCUGGGCUAUGCGUCAAAUGUGGGCAGAAGGGCCAUGGAAUCAAGCAGUGUCCCAAUGGCUGGAAGGCCACUCCCAAGGAAACUGCCAAGGUGGCCCAGGACGAGUCGGAAAAAGAUCUCAGAAUUUGUAAAUAUUGCAAUGGACUCAAACAAAAACCCCUACUCUUUCUUGACUUGAUACUGCGUGACUACCCGACGGACCCUAUCAAAACCCUCAUUGACUCCGGCGCCACCUCCAAUUUCAUAUCCCCCGCUCUAGUAGAAAAACUGAAAAUCCCAAAAACCCUACUUGAAAAUCCACGGGUAGUGAGGAUGUUAGACGGUACCAUAUCUCAGACUGGUCGCAUAUGGCACCAGGUUAAUCUCACGGUCUCGGCCAAUGGCCAUACCCACACCAUUCCCUUCCUUGUUUGUCCCAUUGGGAACACACCUGCCAUACUUGGCAUGACAUGGCUCACUCAGGAGUCACCCUUGAUCGAUUGGUCCUCAGGCACGGUUACCUUCCCAGAACAAGUUCAGAUUGCAUCCGAAGAAGAGGCAGACCCUAAUCCCUUAGCCGAUCUUCCGGAGCAAUACCAUGAGUUUGCUAAGGUCUUUGGCGAAGAAGAAUUUAAGGUCCUCCCUCCACAUAGGGAGUAUGAUAUUUCAAUAGACCUUGUUCCGGACGCCAAACUUUCCCCUGGCCCCAUUUAUGGUAUGACUGACGCAGAAUCAAAGGCGCUUAAACAACACAUUGAUGAGGAAUUAGCAACAGGCAAGAUCCGCCCCAGCACUUCCUCAGCAGGCGCCCCAGUCAUGCAAGACGACCUUAUGGCCAAGUUGAGGCAUGCCAAGAUAUUCACCAAGCUGGAUCUACGCUGGGGAUAUAACAACGUUCGAAUUAAGGAGGGAGAUGAAUGGAAGACGGCAUUUAGAACAAAGUACGGGCUGUUUGAAUACCUGGUGAUGCCCUUUGGCCUUACCAACGCCCCGGCCGCCUUUCAACAUUUUAUGAACGACCUAUUCAGGGAUCUGAUCGACGUCACAGUGGUGAUUUACCUGGAUGAUAUUCUCAUUUUCUCAGAAAACCCAGAAGACCAUCCAACCCAUGUCAAAGAAGUACUGUCUCGACUUAUGAAGAACCAGCUCUUUUGCAAACUGUCAAAAAUGUCACUUCCACGUCACUACGAACCCAUCAUCACAUUCCUGACAGAAGAUGCAGACGACGCACCUCCAUCCAUCCGAAAAGCCUAUAGGGACUACGAUUGGGAAGAGGAUCUCCUAUGGUACUGCGGAAAACUAGUGGUCCUGGACUCAGAACCCCUGAAGGAACAAUUGUUAAGGGAAUUCCACGACUCCCCCCUGGCAGGACACCCCGGGCAACAAAGAACCCUAGAACUCUUGAGCCGCAACUACUGGUGGCCAGGAAUGAAGUCAUCUGCUAAGGAAUGGGUAGAAUGCUGUCCUACCUGCCAAGCCAACCGUCGCGCACACGCCCCCGUCAUUUCCCUGAAACCCUUAGAAGUCCCGCCGUUCCCUUUUCACACAAUAUCCUAUGACUUCAUCACGGGAUUCCCUAAGUCUAACGGGUACGAUGCAAUUCUAGUUGUGAUUGAUUCCUUCUCCAAGUUUGGCCACUUCAUCCCAACCACAAAGAAGGUCACAGCCAAGGGCCUAGCGGAACUUCAAGACGAUCUCGGACCGCGGAACCACACAUUCACAGGGAAAUUCCUAAGGGCACUGUACCAACGCCUUGGGAUCAACCCGGCCUUCUCCUCAGCCUACCACCCGGAAUCGGACGGUCAAACAGAAAGGGUGAAUCAGUUCAUAGAAUUCUACCUCAGAUCAUAUGUUGCCGCCGACCACUCGGACUGGGCCACCUGGUUGCCAUUAGCAGAAUACGCCUACAAUAACGCGAAGCAUUCCUCCACCGGAAGAACCCCUUUUGAAUUGGUUUACGGAAGAAACAGAAAGGGUGAAUCAGUUCAUAGAAUUCUACCUCAGAUCAUAUGUUGCCGCCGACCACUCGGACUGGGCCACCUGGUUGCCAUUAGCAGAAUACGCCUACAAUACGCGAAGCAUUCCUCCACCGGAAGAACCCCUUUUGAAUUGGUUUACGGAAGAAACCCAGUCAUGAAUCCGUCCAAUAUCCCUGCCAACGUCCCAGAAGCUGAUCAAGUAGCCAGUACCUUAGCACGAGAAUGGCAAGAAGCGGAGCACAAAGGAGUGGUACCAGAAUACUCAGUGGGCGAGAAGGUCUGGCUGGACGGAAAAAACGUAGAACUUAGAACAAACUCCAACAAGCUGGACCCCAAACGGCUAGGACCAUUGAAGUUGUUGAAAAGAUCUCCAGCCACGCGGUUACUAUCCAAAGCACAUGAAUCCCCAAGUCAGCCUUUUCCGGACCGUCCUCCCCCUGAAACAAUAGAAGAGAGGAGGAACGAGGUGGAACAGAUCAUAGAUUCCAAGAGGCAACGAGGAAAGUGGUUUUAUCUGAUCAAAUGGAAAGGGUACGGACCAGAAGACAACUCCUGGGAACCAGAAGAGCUACUGGAGCACAGUCAAAAAGAAAAUCCAUUGCUUCAAUAG